CGUCUUCACAAAGUUUCGUUUCAAACGAUAAAACCCAUUUUCAUGGCUGCGAAAAAGAAGGAAUCAUGCCUCUUCAUUUUCUCACGUUGCAUCAUAUGAUCAUACCCAAAUAAUCAAUUAUAUAUAUAUAUCGACAACGUUAUAAACUAUCCUCCAAUAAUACUCUCAUCAAAUCAAAUAUGCCUACUUCCUAUUUCUUCUCCUUGAUCAUCUUCUACUUCUUCAUCGUCAUCUCCCUCUCCUCUUUCACUGAUGGGACUGAACUGAUUUUAGUGAACAACUGCAAGGAAAGCAUAUGGCCGGGACUACUAGCCACGGCGGGCCAUCCAACUCCAAACGGUGGCGGAUUCCUCCUCCGCAGCGGCGAAGAGCAAGUGCUACCACUUCCUGACAACUGGUCAGGCAGAAUCUGGCCAAGACAAGGCUGUUGUUUCGACCCAAAAACCGGAAUAGGUGAAUGUCAGACAGGAGACUGUGCCGGACUCCUCCAAUGCUCCGGCACCGGCGGAAAACCUCCAGCAACAAUUGUUGAGAUGACGUUGGGGACACCGAGCUCAGCUCUCCACUACUACGACGUCAGUCUUGUCGACGGUUUCAACGUGCCGGUGUCGAUGAGGCCGGUCGGUCGUGACGGUAGCGGCGGAGGUUGUGGGGUGGCUGCUUGCGAGGCAGAGCUGAAUGAGUGUUGUCCGGCGGCUCUGGCGGUGGCGCGUGGAGGGAAGGUAGUGGCGUGCAAGAGUGCUUGCUUGGCAGCCAGUUGGUCGGACAGGUACUGUUGCCGAGGGGAGUUUGGGAAUCCACAGCGAUGUAGGCCGACGGUUUACAACCGUUUGUUUAAGGCUAUUUGUCCUAGGGCUUACAGUUAUCCUUUUGAUGAGUCCACGGGCCUUAACUCCUGUAGGGCUUCUCGUUAUGUCAUUACCUUUUGUCCACCUAUAACUACUCCUAAUUAAGUUAUUUUUUUUAACUUGUUUCGGAUUAAUUAUAUAUAAAUGUUUGAUAAUC